AUGCAAUUCUCAGCUCGAGAUGUUGGGGCUGCAAUGAGGGAACAGAGAUUGGGAGCAGUGGUCCCAGUGGAGAUAGUUGGGUUUUGGUGGGGCAAAACUGAAAAUGGCACUGGCAGAAUUCAUUGGGCUACCUGGGGGGCUUUAGCUAAGCAUAGAUGGGAGGGGGGGCUGGGGUCCAGGGAUAUAGGUGAUUUCAAUGAGGCUCUGAUCCUUAAGCAUAUUUGGAGGGUUCUUACUAAACCCAACUGUCUUAUGAGUCAAGUCCUCAGGGGUGCUAUGCAGCAGAUUACCAAAGUCUCGGAUCUCUUUGCUGUUGAUAGGCUAUCUUGGAACACUGAGUUGGUUAUGCAAUUGUUUAGCCCCUCUGUUGCAUCCCAAAUUCUCAAACUCCACAUCGGCCAAAGGGGGCAUCCAGACAAGUUGAUUUGGCAAACUCACAAAAAAGGCAUCUUCUCAGUCAAAGAAGCAUACAAAGCAAUCAGAGACAAAAGGAAAUCUGUUGCAGGGGAAGUGGUGACAAGCACAAACUCUAAUCUGCACAGAAGGGGAGCUAUUGUUGAUUUGAUGUGCUGUUGGUGUGGGGAAACUGAGGAAAAUCUGGAGCACAUGCUUUUUCUGUGCCCAAGAGCUAAAUUGGUGUGGAAGCUAGCUUGUAUCUGGUGGCAGAAGAUGCCGUCUGACAACAUGUGCUUUAGAGAUUGGUGGGAAGACUUGUGUAAUCUUUCUGACUCUGCUGCUAACAAAGACAGUAUCUCUCUCCACAUACCUCCUAUGGUGGUUGUGGAGAACAAGGAAAUCUUGGAUAUUCAACAAAGAGCAUAUGUCUGA